CUUUUUCUUGAGCCAACAAAAAGUAGCUGUAUUACAUGCAAGUGUACUCUCAAACCCAAUUAAUCGUGUGUAUAUUCCUUGCUCCUUUUCCAUCCAUAAAACUUGUUCAUUUAGCUUUAAAAGUUGUACCAUGUAAUUCACUCCCCACCUUGCCCUAACACUGUUUCUCUUUUAGGAUAACUAUUUCCAAACUUACUUUUUGUGAGUGAAUCCCACCCAAGGCAUUUAUUUUCAUCUUCAAUUCAUUGCUAAUCAAUAUCUCAAUAAUAAAUGCUCAAAAUAGCCUAAAUUACCCGUGGUUGGAUUUAGGCAGCCAAAAUUAUACAUUUUUUGAUUGUCAUCUCACCGUUAUUUUUUAAAGAAUAUAUGAGGUCAUGAACAAAGACCUCCCAAAUUCCAUAAACACCAUUUUCCACAAUUUGAUUCUCAAAAUGUUGUUUUCCGGUUUUUUGAGAUGCGUGUGAAUCCUCAUGCCCUAUACAAAGAAAAAAAAUUUAGAUUAGAAAAAGUCGUUAAACAGGAACAAAAUGAGAAUAUCAUUUUGAGAUGCGUUAAACAGGAACAAAAUGAUUAAAAGCAAAAAAUUGAGAAUAUCAUACAUGUUCAUCGUGAAAAAUGAUCUCCAUUGAAUCUCCGCCGUUGGUCCAAACAGGAACAAAAUACCCAUGCACGGCCUGUAACUUGAACAUCAAAUUUGUUCAAGUGUAGUCAAGCUCGGCAACGGGAGACCAUAUACUUAAGCAAGACGUUUGAGGCAUUUGAUGAUUUUUUAGAAUGUUUGAGAAGUGAAUUUGUAAGAAAUGAAGUUUACAUCACAAUGCUAGAGUAUUUAUAAUACAUGCUCCAUGAUUUUUUUAAUCAAUCAUUGAAUGCUUUAGAUACUAAAAAUCUUUAAAGUAGAUGGAUUUGACACAAAAUAAGUUUUUUUAAAAUCAACUUUAUGGAGUCACUAAAUCGUGGUUACCAAUGCAACUUUAUGGAAUAUGGCAAUUGAAUAGACAUAAAGCAAAAAGCUGCUGUGUAGAAAAGCUGAAGCACGUCCACCAAUGCAGUCUCAUAUCCGUCCACACAAUGGAUUAGAUUGGAUUGUAAUAGGGAUAAUGCUACUUGCACCCCAAAAGUACCCCAAAUUGUACCCCAAAAUAAAACCUCCACCUUACACGUGCAAGNCACCUGCGAAGUAAUCCCUCACCCCCAUUUCCCCCACCUAGUUCCUCUACCUCCUCGCCUAAUUCCUCUUCCGGUGUACUUUUCAUCUUCUUCCGCCGAUUCGCCUCUGCCUUCCUGGUCUCUGCCCUCCUUGUCUCUGCCCUCCCCGUCUCUGCCCUCGUCGUCGAUUGUGCCCUCAACACCGAUUGUGUCCUCGUCUGGCCUCCUCGUCUUUGCCGUCGGUGCAAGCUGUCCUGCUCGUCCAAACCGCCGAUUGUGUCCUCGUCUGGCCUCCUCGUUACCGUCAUCUCUACCCUCCUAUCUGCCGGUGGUCAGGUUUAUGUACAAUGGCAUUGCAAAUGGUAAAUGCAGACCACUUCCAAGCACAGUAUACAUGCUAUUCCGAGCUUCAGAAAUCAGUUGACAUCAUCAAAAAGAAACUCACACCUUCAGACCUGGAUAGCUUCAAGAAGGAUUCCCCUUUCGGCCACCUUCUUGAGUCUCCACCAUUGCAAUUUUCAGGCCAACUCAUCCAUCUGUUGCUUGUGCACCUCACAAGAGAACAGGUAGAUGAUGAACUACGUUUUAACAUAGGUGGUUCGAUUUUAAAAUUUGAUUUCGGGGAAUGGUGUCGCAUUAUUGGAAUGCCCUCUACCAAGCUUUAUGGAGAGGAUGGUGGCGAUGAGGAUGAGGAUUCUGUCUCGGGGAGAAUUCGGAGAAAAUUUUUGGGAAAUGAUAAGGGGAAAACAACAUUUGCGCAUGUGCGUAAAUGUUUUCAUGCUCUUGAUGAACAAAAUGGGGGUGAUGACGUCCUUCAGUUUGCUAAGCUGUUUUUUGCGGAGUCCGUGUUACUAGCUAGAGACAAGGGGACCGGUGUUGAAAUGUCUCACCUUCACCUCUUAGGUAGCAUUGACAAGUUCAACGCUUAUCCUUGGGGGGUGGGAGUCAUAUCUUCUCACGGUACGCCAUCUGAAGGCAGCUAUGGAGGGGCAACCGGCUCGUUUCUUGUCAAAGCUAGCUGAAAACCCCAAUAUGAAGACAUGCAAAUUCUCUUUCUAUGGUUUUCCCUAUGUGUUGCAAGUUUGGGCUUAUGAGCAAUUCCCACAACUUAAAGGAGUUUUUGCAGACUUUCAUGAAGAAAUAGAUGGUUGUCCAUUUCUGAAAUGGGGGUCAAAAAAGUUCCCUCAAUACAACCAACUAAAAGAGCUAAUUAUUGGCAAGGAUGAGGGAGACAUAUCUAAGAAACUGGAGUAUGCGAUACAUCAUCUUGUUUCGGAGGUGGUGCAUAUGCGAAAGGUUAUGGAUGCAAAGUUUGGAGACCUUAAUGUCAAGAUACAAACGCUUUCUAAGAAAGUAGAUGUGUUGUUAAAGAAGAAAAAGAAGAGGACACACAACACCACACAAGCAACUGAGGAGGCGGAGGAGGACGAGGAGGUGGUUGGAGAUGCCGAUCGUGAGCGGGUUGAGGAAGACAUUGAAGAAGAUGAGGUGGUGGGGGAUUUGGAGGAUGAGAAUGAGGGGGUGGAUGAAGAUAGUGGACCUGAAGAGUGUAAGGAAGAGGUCGGGCUGGAAGUGGAAGAGGACGAAGAGAGCAUUAGACAACGAAACAAUCGAAAGCGGUCGAGGGUCGUAAAUGAUGGAGAACCGUUUGAGGAAAAGGAAACCGAACUUCCAAUGCCAUCACCACCCGGAAUUGAGAAUCCACAAAAAGAUUUGGAGGAAGCCACGGCGGAGGUGCAAGGGGUAAUUCUUUGCUUUAUGAGGACAACCUUAUUGAUACCCAAGAGUAUGCCAGACAAGUGUUAUCCCCUGGUCCCGUAGAGUUUGUUUAUGAGCAAGAUGAAGACGUUGAACCUCCAACAAAAACCAUUGUUGUUACGAAGCCUUUGGCCCGGGAAACUAGGCUACGGAAGAAAUCUCGGUACUGUCUAAGCCCGUACAUCAAUCCAACAAUGGCUAUGAAGGUCAAAGUACACUGCAAUCCUCUAUCCAUUCAGGUCACCCCUAGUGAAUGGGAACAAUUCAAAUGUUGGGUUGAAGAAGAAGAUGAGAAAAAUCCAAAAAAACUCAGCCUGCAGUUUCACUAUGUUCACGAGGUUGACCGUCAUUUCUUCAGGACUUUGUUGGGCUAUGAUUCGUGGUUAAGCAGUGAUCAUGUUCAAACCAUUGUUGAGUUAUUGAUGGAUGGGGUUGAUCUCAUUGGAGUGCAAGGCCGAUGUUUAUAUGGUCCAAUGUUCACGUAUCAUCUCACCCAGAAAAGUUCUUCGGACCAUGCUUGGCUACGGGAUAAGAUGCUACGGAAGUUGGAUUGGACCCAAAUGGAAAAGGUCUUUAUGACUAUCCAUGCUAGUAACCGGCAUUGGGUUUUAGCAGAGCUUGAUUUCCCCAAUGCCACUAUUUGGGUAUAUGAUUCCUUGAAAAGUGCACAGAGCAAAUCCUAUGUGCGUCCAAUCCUUGAAAGGCUACCUCCCCUUUUUCGAACUGUCAAAACUACCGAGCAACAGAGACGUACCCAGGCAUGGGCAGUGGAGCUCCCCAAGGAUGUACCCCAGCAGUCCGAUGGAAAUGCGUGUGGUGUUAUGAUAGUUGCAUUUGCGGAGUACCUAUUGGCUGGUUUGCCACUACUGCCUGACUGCACGUACGAACAUGUGGACGACUUCCGUAGGCAGUAUGCAGCACGUAUAUUUCGGAAGAUAGUGGCCUAAAGAUUGUGGAAUAUAUAUAUAUUUUAUUAACGCACAACUAUGACGGCUUAUCUCACCUUGCUAAUAUAUGAAAGGCAUUUUUUUAGCCUUGUCUAGAUUACUCUAUGUAUGAAUAUGUAUUGACGCAUGAUCAAACAUAUAAUUUUUUGUUUCUAUGACAUGUAUGACUGCUGAAGAUGUAAGUUUAUUAUCUCAAUCAGUGUUGUUGUUUUGAACAAAAUCCUUAUCCUAAAUAUAUUCAAUGUUGGUGGUAUUUUUUAUGAAAUUAAAGACACAGGCAGUUA